CACAUAUCACAUUGAAAUGGAUGAGGGGAAUAUAGAGAAGCAACAGUAGACCAGCUGUGCCUGCAUCCUGUACUUCAUUCACUGGAGUCUAGCUGGAGUAUAUAAACGAGAGCUAACACGAUAACCAAAAAAAAAAAAAAAAAAGGAGAGAGACUGGAAAAGGCCAACAGGAAACAUGGAGCCAAAAGCCAAGACGCCAAGGGUCUUCAUGAUGAAGCAAAGCAAAAUUGCAGAUGGCUGCCUCAGGGUGGGUGUGUUCUCCAAUGGAUACUGUCCCAUGAAUGGUGCCAAGCUGCCUGUGGUUAGAGCCAUAGAUGGAGAUGAUGACAAUGAUACCAGGAAAGCAAAAGAUGCAAGUUUUGAGAGAGAGAUACUGAUGACCCCUCCUAAUAAUUCAGAGCUCUGUGUGACCCUGCCUAUGAGAAGCCUGACAGUGGAAGAAUAUGCUGAGGCCUUUAAGUCAUUCUUAGACCAUUCAACUGAGCACCAAUGCAUGGAGCAAUUCAAUGAGAAGGACCUGCCAAGUAUAGUAGCCAGUCUUGGAAAUGGAAAAUCUACUAUCAAUGUGCUAGGUGUGGGAAGUGGCACAGGUGAGCAGGACUUGAAUAUGAUAAGAAUCAUUCAGGCUAAGCAUCCAGCAAUCUUGAUAAACAAUGAAAUCAUAGAGCCCAAUCCACAACAUAUUUUGGCAUACAAAGAGACUGUUAGGAAUUCUUCUGACCUUAAGAAUGUCUCCUUCACCUGGCACCAGUUGACAUCCAUGGAAUAUGAAAAGCAGGCAAAGGAGCAAAACAUACAAAAGAAAUUUGAUUUCAUACACCUGAUCCAGAUGCUGUACCGUGUGGAGGAUAUUAGGAGUACUAUCAGAUUUUUCCACAGCUGCCUAGAUUGUUAUGCUAAACUUCUGAUUAUAAUUUUAUCAGGUAACAGUGGGUGGGCCUCUAUAUGGAAGAAAUACAGACACUGUCUUCCCCCAACUGACAGUGGCCAUUACAUCACAGCUGACGACAUCAAAGUUGUCUUGGAGGGACUGGGACUUACAUACCAGGUGUAUGAGUUCCCUUCUGCUUGGGAUAUCACUGAGUGCUUUAUUGAUGAAGAUACCGUUGGAGGUCAUAUGUUGGAUUUCUUGACAGGAACAAAAGACUUUAUGAACACUGCACCCCAUGAUCUUAAGCAGCGUCUUCGACAAGCUUUGGGCCAGCCGGAGUGCAGCACCAAAAAGGAUGGAAGGGUUGUUUUCAGGAACGAUUUGAGCAUGAUUGUUGUCAAUUCCUAAUAGUGGUGGAACGAACAGAGGUUAGAUCUGUUCUCUGUGAAGGGAACUUGUUCAGUUCUGGAGAAGAGGGGCUGCGUACAAAGCCUCCUAGGCCUUAAGAAUUGGAAGCAAAUGUUUUAGUGGAUCCUUUGAGAUUAAAAAGGUACAUACUUUGUUUACCAUAGUAUGAAAUUAACACCAGUUUAUACUGAUACACACUGUCUCUGCGGCGUAUGAGAAAGUAAAAACAUACAGCCUGGUAAUUUGCUUUGAGGAUUUCUAUAAAAGUAAGGGCUCAUGUGGUAAAAAUGUGUAAGGGGAGAGCAAACUUUAAAUUAUGUUAGCGUAGAAGAAAACAGGUAUGUGGGAACUAAUUUUUAUUGUUCUGUAUAUAAUCAAGAAACUUGGAUAACCUAUAUGGUGUGUACAGCAUCUUCAUGUUACAUGGUUUCUGGGUACCUUGUCCGGCAAAUAUUUUGUUCUAUUGCACAUUUCUCUCUUUAUGGUUGCCAUAUUGCACUUGGCUUUGGGAUUUUGGAUAAGCGGAAUUCCUUAGGAUCACCAUGUGCAGACCCUGAAGGCUAAUGGUCCUUUAAGUUUUGCAUGAAAGGGAAUUUUUACCAUUUCACUGCAUAGAACUGCAGCCGUGAUGGGAAGAGCUACAUCAGGCAAAACUUCCCUUCUAAGCUUCUAUCUGAGGACUUCAAGCUAGGAACUGUAGAGUUGCACUUUCUCCUGUUCUAUGGCCUCUUCCAUUUGUUUGCAUACUGUUAAUGUGUGAAGCUCUUAAUUUUUGUCCCCAGAAUACAAUGGAUUUAGAAGAGCAGAUGGAUGAUGCAAACAAUUUGCCACUUCGGAGGCAGAAUUGUUACUCAGCACGGGAUCUUAAAGAUGCGUGUGUGUACAUCAGCCCCAGUGCAAUAUGGUAAGCCUGCCACUUUAAUUUCGGUGUUUUCAUACUGUGUCU